AUGAGCACCCAUAGAUCCGUCGAGGAUUGCCACGCCCUUCGGCAGCUGGGAACGAACCUACUCGGGGCAAUCACAGAGUAUACGCUCCGUGGCAAGAUGAACCUAGCGCAAGAGACUUCUCUUCAGUCCAGUAUUCUCAAACUGACGAGAGACAUCGGCAAUCUCGUUGCACAGCCCCAGGAACAGUGGCUAUCGCACAGUAUCCAGAGCAAUGAGACGGCCGCCAUCGAGCUCUUCGAUGAGUGGCACGUCUUUCAACACAUCCCACUUGAACAACCUAUAUCCUAUAUGGAGCUCGGCGAGCAUGUUGAGGUCGAUGUUCCCCUUCUCAGAAGGAUCGCCCGCAUGCUCGUUGCCACGGGUGUCCUGACAGAAGCCGGGCCUGAUCGAGUUGCGCACACAGCCAGGUCUGCGAUCUUCCUUCCCGGGAAUC